UGUGUGUGUGUGAGCAGCUUUUGAUUUGCUCAGCUUCAGUCUGUUACACUUCUUACAGUGUGGCGCCUCCUGUGGACCUGUUCUAACCAACCACCUCUCUCUCUCUCACACACACACACACACACACACACUUCCUGAGCAGCAGCAUCAUCAUCAUCAGCAGCAGCAGCCUCUCAGAGAUGGAGAGCUGGUAGAAGAAGCGCAGCAGCAGCGUCGCUCCGGUGGAUGUUGGAUGUACCAUGAGGUCUCCGCGGCUCUGGGCAGCUCUGUGCCUCCUCCUCACCGCCUCGUGCCGGCUCUGCGCGGCCGCCCGACACGGUUGUUUGUUUGAAAAGAAGCUCUGUCCGAGAGAUCAGCUGUGCAACAAUGACGGUUUGUUCGGUCAGUGCCAGGCCCCCCACCAGGAGCCCGUCCAGUACCAGGUGUCUGUCCCCGUCCUGCACAAACUGCAGGAAGUCCUCAAAGACCUCAUGGUGCAAGGUCUGACCUGGAAGGACGACAUGACCCAGGCGAUCAUCGGCCGAGAGUUGAGUCACAUCCCCACGGUCAGCUUGGCCUCGAACCUUCGUGAGAAGUCGCCGAAACAGUUGUCGAGACUGUCGGGCCCCAGUCAGCGGAGGGUUCCUGGGCCCGAGGAUCCAGCUGACCCCGAGAUGAUGCAGCAGUACGUAGACUACAUGAUCCUCGACCCCUCCAGGUCCUCCGUCCACAUGCAGACGCCCCUGCUGGACCCUUACACCUACCACCAGCAGCAGUAUGGCUACCAGGAGGAAGAAGAGCGUUCCCUCAACUCUCUGGACGAUAACCAAGCCUUCCCGCUCCUCGGCUCCCCCUCUCGCUCCGGAUCCCGAGGAACCCCUCUGGACAGAGACCGGCAGCUCCUCCAGGACCUGGUGUCCUUUUACCUCACCUCUCCUUCUUCCUCUUCUUCCUCUUCCUCCUCUUCCUCUCCUGUGCAGUCCCUCUCACACCACAGAGGGGCAGUAGCAGCAGCAGCAGCAGGAUUUCCCUCCUCGUCAUCUUCCUCCUCGUCCUCCUCCUUUUUCCCAGAGCUGGACUUCCCGCUGGAUUACGGUGAGGACUACGUUUCCCAGGUGGCUCAGCUCAGCAAGCAGCAGCAGCAGCAGCAGCAGCAGGAGCAGCAGCAGGAGCAGGCGGAGAAGAAGGCGCAGGAGGAGUACGACGCCCUGUCAGGACUGGACGAGCGCUCUCUGCAGAGGCUGGCUCUGCUGCUCGACCACUACGGCCUCGACGUGAAGGAUUUGUCCCCCGAGCAGAGAGACAACCUGCCGGCGGCUCUGAAGCAGCUGCAGAUGGAGAGCUCUUACGCCCACAAACAAACCAAAGAUAAAUAUGGGAACGACGCUGCGGCAGGAAAGAAGAUCUCAGAGGGUUCAAUGGCGUACAAGAUGGCCGCCAUUGAGGCUCCGCCCUCCACCAACAAACCACCCAAACUAGAAGCAGCUCAGAAGGAUCUGACUCCCGCUGCGGCAGCCAAAGAUGAACCAGCGACCAAAGCUGAGGAGUUCGGCUACAUCGUCACCAAUCAGAGCGUCGUGGGACCUUCCAUCACCUUCAGGAUCAGACCCAACAGCAAGAACCUGACGGCUGGAGAGGUGGCGGAGAAAGCUGUUGCAGAGAAGAACUUCCUGGAGGCAGAGACGGGUCUGAAGGUGCUGCAGAGCGGCGUCGGAGAGAGGAAUGAUGGGAAGGCGUUGCCCCUGGCAACCCGAGUCCAGCCCAGUGGCUCCCGCUGGGUGUUCGCCACGCUGGUGGCCAUGGCCUGCAUCGGCAGCAUCCUGGUGGCGGCCAUGACCAUCGCCUGCCUGCGUCACCACGCCCACCGACUGGCAGCAAAGAAGCUGGGUCUGGGACCAGAGGGGGGCACCUUCACCCACCAGGAGUAUCAGGACCUGUGUCGCCAGCACAUGGCCUCUAAAGGCCCCUUCGGACGCCUGGAAGCUGCUGCCCUCGGUGCCGUGGGAGGAGCAAGCGGAGGAGUAGGUGCUGGAGGGGGAGGAGCAGGCGGUGCUGGUGUCGGAGGUGGUGGAGCAGGAGCAGCAGGAGGCGGAGGCGCCGACUCCAGGGUGAGCAGCGUGUCGUCUCAGUUCAGCGACGGAGCCCAGCCCAGUCCAAGCUCCCACAGCAGCACGCCGUCAUGGUGCGAGGAGCCAGCCCAGGCCAACAUGGACAUCUCCACUGGUCACAUGAUCCUGGCCUACAUGGAGGACCACCUGAGGAACAAGGACCGUCUGAUGAAAGAGUGGGAGGCUCUGUGUUCCUACCAGGCCGAGCCCAGCGCUGUCUCUGUGGCUCAGAGCGACGCCAACACCAAGAAGAACCGCUGCCCCGACUCUGUGCCCUAUGACCACUCCAGGGUGAAGCUGAAAGCGGAGAUCAACCCUUCACGUUCGGACUACAUCAACGCCAGCACUAUAAUUGAGCACGACCCCCGGAUGCCGGCUUACAUCGCCACCCAAGGCCCCCUGUCGCACACCAUCUCUGACUUCUGGCAGAUGGUUUGGGAGAACGGCUGCACUGUGAUCGUGAUGAUGAGCGCUCUGGUGGAGGAUGGAGAGAAACAGUGUGACCGCUACUGGCCUGAUGAAGGCUCGUCCCUCUACCACAUCUAUGAGGUGAACCUGGUGUCAGAGCACAUCUGGUGCAACGACUUCCUGGUGCGAAGCUUCUACCUGAAGAACGUGCAGACGCAGGAGACCAGGACGCUCACUCAGUUCCACUUCCUCAGCUGGCCGGCUCAGGGCAUCCCCACCUCCACGCGCCCCCUGCUGGACUUCCGCAGGAAGGUGAAUAAGUGCUACAGAGGACGGUCCUGCCCCAUCAUCGUGCACUGCAGUGACGGGACGGGCCGGACUGGGACUUACAUCCUCAUCGACAUGGUUCUCAACCGUAUGGCUAAAGGUGUGAAAGAGAUUGACAUCGCUGCGACGCUGGAGCACGUCCGAGACCAGAGGCCCGGGAUGGUCCGCACCAAGGACCAGUUUGAGUUCGCCCUGACCGCCGUCGCCGAGGAGGUCAACGCCAUCCUCAAAGCUCUGCCCCAGUGAAACCAGUACGACCCGGACCGGCCUCCUGUCUGACGGACUUCCCCCUCCCCCUCCCCCUCCCUCCUGUCUUACCUUUUGCCUUUUCUCUCUCUCUGAUGAUGAUGAUGAUGAAGAAUGACGCUGUGCUUCUCGGCUGAGUCCUUAAAACAUAAAAGACGUCACAGAAUUGAAAAACAACAGACGACUGUAAGGUCAGGCUGGGGUCUGAUGUUUAAGUGUUUGUGCCACAGGUGUGAUGCGUCCAUGGACGUUCAGACGGUACCAAGUGUUGCAUUCACAGCUCAUCUGAUUUAGAAUUAAACCAGGAAGGUUUGCAGUUUAUAUGGAGGCUGAUUUGUGUCAGUACUGAUAAUCCGUGUGUUAAUGUGUAUCUGUAAUUAAAAAAAGAUUUGUAAAGUCACAAAAAUAUUUUACAGACAUGAAACCGAGCUGCAAAUACACAAAAAUGGAGGUCGAUCUGUGCCAGUGUUGUUUGUGUGAGGAAAUGCAAAUACACAAACAAACAAACAAAAACCUGAGUGUGAGUAAAAUGCAAAUCUGCAAGCGUAGAAUUAAGAUUCACAAAUAUCUGUUGGAAUGUUCAAAACAUUAGAAAGAUAUUUCUAAAUUUUAUUAAAAAUUUUCUUUUAGAAAAUUUCAUUUGUUUGGUCAUUAAUUUAAUGUAGUCACAGAUUUUUUCAAGAAAUUUUAUCUGAUGAAUUUGUGUAUUUGCAGAUUGGUUUAUAAUUUGCAAACUAUUUUUUCUUUUUUUAAUAUUGUUUUAUCUUUUUUUCACAAUGUAUUCACAGAUUUUUAUGUUGUGCAAUUUGCAGAUAUUUUUUUUCAUUAUUAUUAUUUUAUUUUUUUGUGGCGCUUUCAUAUUUGCAACUCUUUUUUUCUCCAAUAGUUAUUGUUUUUUUGGUAAUGUAUGAACAGAUUUUUUUUAUUUUAUUUCAUUUUUAUUUUAUUCUAUUUUUUCCCAAACUUUUUGCAGAUCAGUUUCAAAUUUGCAAAUUACACAAUUCCACGUUUUACAUAUUUUUCUGUUUUAUUUUAUUUUAUUUGAGCAGAAUUUGUGUAUUUGCAGAUCUAAUAUAUAUUUGCAAAAUAUUUUUCUUUUCUCCAAUAUUAUCAUCUCUUUUUUUUGGUAAUGUAUCGGCAGUUUUUUUUUUUUUUUGCAGAAUUUGUGUAUUUGCAGGUUGGUUUUAUAUUUCCUUAAAUAUUUUGUCAGUUUACAAAUAUUGUUUUACAUUUGAAGAUUACACAUCUCCACGUAGAUUGUUGUUGUGUUUGCACGAAUAAUAUUUACACUAAUCUACCUCCAUAACAUCCAAGCUAAUUUCUGAAUGUUAAACUUUGUCACUACAGGACAUACAAAUAAAGUUACGUCACUAUAAAUAAAAGAUGUUCAGUGGAGUUGCAGAUGAACAGAGAGACUGCAGAGGGUUUAUUUUAAUUCAUAUAUUAAACUGUUGCCCUGAACGCAUCCUCUGAAGCAUCUUUAAACAUCAGAUCUGAAGCUCUGAUUUAAACUGAAGCAAAAACUUUAAUUUUAUUUCACAUGUGGUGAAGUUUGUUGAGCUCGUGCUGCUGAAUUAUUUUAAAAAGUGUAUUUGAAGGCACCACAAGGCUCCAAGAAGCUUCACUGAUCAGAGCAGAUCUGAAGAAGAAGAUGACCCCUGAUGAUGAUGAAGAUGAGCUGUGGAUGUUUGCCUGCUCGGUCUGUAGCUCCCCCUCCUCUCCUCACGCACAACAUACCAACAUGGCGUCCUCCUCUCUGUGUGUGCCAUCAGAUCACUGGAUGUAUCGUUGUUUACCUCAUGCAAGUCAGAAAAAGAAAUAAAAAAAGAAACGCUGAUAUCAAGAAAAGCUAUUUUGUAUCUGUGAGACCUAAAUAAAUCUUUUCGUGUUCAAGUGCUGCAAUCG